AUGGGAGUGCCCACGUCGAAAUGUGCGCCUCAGAAUCCGUGCACAAAUUCGCCCGUGAACCCUUGUCGCGGCGGGACAUGCAUGGACGUGGGAGAUGGGACGUACACAUGCACAUGCGCUUCGGGAUACGCCAUCGGAACUGCGGUGGAUGGUUCGACAACCUGCUUGCCUGCUGCUGGUCUUACGAAGUCGUAUGUUACACUACCCGGCGAUAACUGCACGCUGGUCGCGACAGAAUUCGGGAUUUCAACAACCACCCUAUCGGCACUGAACCCGUUUAUCAACUGCUCCGUUACGGAAUACUUGCCUCCGGGUGUUGGGCUGACUGUUUCAAGAGCACUAACAGCCACAUCCACGUUCUGCACAAGCACAUACACGGUUCAACCUUCUGACACCUGCAAUUCCAUCGCCCACCUUUUCUUUGGUGGUUCUCUCACAGCACUAGACAACCUAAAUCCUGGAUUGACGUGCAACCGUCUCUUUAAAUCACAACAAAUUUGCCUUAAAGCGGAUUCAUCAUCAUCCACCACAUCGGGUCCACAGUGCGGACAGAGCGUUGCAGUGGUCAUGGGUGAUACGUGUGCUUCUGUCUCCAUCAAAUACAUGAUCAGCUCCUCAACCUUCAGCUCACUGAAUCCAGGUCUCAACUGUGACAGCCCACUGCUGGUUGGAUCCUAUGUCUGUGUGGCACCAAAAUCAUCAGAUACCGCCAUCAGCUGCACGGGGUGGUACUGGCAGGGCGUAUUGCCGCUUCUCUUUUCUCAUCUUUGUCUCGUCCUCCCCCCUCAUCCCCCCUCUGGCCGUCCCCAGACCACCAUCAACUGCACGGGGUGGUACCGGGUGAUGCAGGGCGACACAUGCCCCUCCAUCUGGAAUGGAGCCAACCUCACCAUGUCCAUGUUCCAAGCCAUUCAACCCGGGCAUUCAGGUGAGCCAUCAACCUGGGCGUUCAGUUUCCAUGUUGCUCACUCCAUCCAUGACAUACGGCAGAGCUCUCUUAGACUCUCACUAGCCCGCAUGUGCUUCGUUGACCACUUGACCAUCCACCCCCGUGCUGCUCUCACUGCUGCCAUCUUUCACACUUUUCCUUCUCUCCGCAUCCAUUGCCAGCCUGCCUCCCUCUUUUCAUUCACACCUUCCAUUGCCAGCCUCCUUACCUCUCCUUCCUUUACUGUCCUCCCUUGCUCCCCAACUCCCCCCCUCUUCCAUUGUUGCAGUGCCAGGCGCCCUAUCUGGUGGUGGGGCCAGCAGGUGUGCAUCGACUCACCCGUCCUCACCACCAUGCAGCGAGCUCCCAACACCUCCUACUCCAUCUACACCGUCCGCCCCAACGAUACCCUCUCCACCAUCUCCUCGCUCUUCCUCCCCCGCUGCACACCCACCUCUGUCUCUCCCGAGUCCAUCGCCGCACAAAACUACAUCUCCGAUCUAUCUGCCCCUCUGGCGCCCGGCACGAAGCUGAUCAUCCCCUGUAUAGGCCGCAUCGGUAUGGUGGACUGCGGCUGUGCAGCCUCUAUCCCGGUCUGUGGGUCGGACUUUGUCAGCUACCCCUCAUACUGUGAUGCUCUCUGCAACUUCGCACUUCCAGCUCUCCCCGAUAGCUUCUGCACCGGGCAUGUGGACCCGCAUGCCAGGGUCGUAUGGGCCUUGCCCCGGUUCCUAACUCCGGCUGCACCAAUGCCAUAUGCCCGUAUCCCAGCUGGGCACCGGCAGAGUCAAUAG